UACUGAUGAGUCCUUACUGAAAGGAAAUAACCAAAUUUCUGACAUCUUUCUAUUGACAGCAGUUCUGCUGACAGUCUGCUGCAUGAGGAGGAAGAAAAAGACAUCCAACCCAGAAAACAACCUGAGCUAUUGGAAUAAUGCUAUUACCAUGGACUACUUCAACAGGCAUGCUGUAGAGUUACCGAGAGAGAUCCAGUCCCUGGAGACUUCAGAG